UUAUAGACCUUUCAUCUCAAUACUAAUUAUGAAGUUGUUAUAAAUAGCCUGCUGCGGAAAUGUUUAUAUUACUUAAUAUGGACAUAUCCUUUGGCAAAGAGAUGGAUGCAUUCUGGGGCGUGAUGUGUUAAAAUGUAAUUGCUAACAUAUACCCAUGUUUCCUUAGACAUUUCUGCUGACCUCUUUAAAAUUUUGAGCGAGGAUAUAAAAUAUUAAGACUGUACUUUUUCAUUAUAAUUUAUAUUUUGGCGCAAUUUUGUGCAGCGCGUCACUGUGCGCGACCAUCACAGAAACCAUUGCCCAGCGCGAUUCCACCACGAUUCCUUAAUCCCUGUCCUUUAAAAAAAAACAGCACCUCAUUACAUUAGGCACUUCUAAGAGCCACAUUUGUCUUGUUUAUUGUCUUAUUUGUAUUUUUUUAUUGUCUUGUUAUUUCUCUCUCUCUCUCUCUCUCUCACACUCUAUCUCUAUCUCUCACUCUCUCUCCAUCCCUGACUCUCUCCCCUACCAUCUGAGUGGUGGUUGUUUUUUAGAGGGACGGAGGAACUGGGUUGCUGCCUCUUCUUCAGUCACUUUAAUCAACUGAAAGUGUAAAGAAUGACAAAGCCAAAAUUCAGGCCUUGCCCAAGCUGCCAGGUCCGUCAGCAGGCUAACCGCAAAACCUGCAGUGCUUGUUUUGCCACACUGCCAAGCAAGCGGUUAUUGAAAACUGCAAAAAUUAAUGAUGACUGGGGCCAGAGGGUCAUCAAAAACAAAAAUGCAUCUCGGGUGGUGGCCUCUGCCCAAAUAGCUGUCCAAAAACUUUCUGCCUUGGGCUAUAUGCCCAUAUUAUUUAUCAGCCAGAGGCACAAGGGCACAGGAAAAUUGAUGGCAGAUGUAGUAACGCAUCUGCCACCGACGCAGAACAACACACGUUUCUUAACCAGCAUGAAGAGGGCAUAUGACUUCAUGAUCAAACUGGAUGAUGUGUCCCAGCCCCAGCAAGACCAGCCCCUAGACCAGCCCCAGCAAGACCAGCCCCUAGACCAGCCCCAGCAAGACCAGCCCCUAGACCAGCCCCAGCAAGACCAGCCCCUAGACCAGCUAAUCCCACAAGACCACCAACUGAUUACACUUGAACUAUGUCCAAUCGUCUCUCAGGCUCAGCAGCAUGUGGAGCUUCUACCACCAAGGAAAAGACAAACCCCACCAUCCAGCCCAGGCCAAGACAGACAAGCCCCACCAUCCAUCCAACCUCAACUAAAGAAAAGACAAACCACAGGUACAGGAGCCACACAAGCCCCACCCUCGACCCUGGCCAAAAAGAAGAAAACAAAAAGUUGCAAAUGCAGUCGACAGACAAUUUAUCCAUAUGAUAAAAUAUUGGAAAGACGGAUGAAUGGGGGGAAGGCAGCAGAGGUGAAAGUGCGUUGGCUACCUUGCUCUUCCUGUGGCAGAGUCUGGGAGGACACCUGGGAGCCGGCCAGCAAAUUCGCCUGAUGACUAAUACUGUUUUACUAUUUGUUUUGUAUAUAUUUCUCAAUAAUUAAAUUCACUAUUGUUACAUUUUA